AAAAAAACAGGAAUAACAUAAUACCGGUCUAAUACCAUAGCUAUUUACUUAUAAUAUUAUUAUUUGAUUUCUAUGCCUAGUGCAAAGAACUUGAAAACCGUUGGGGUGCAUUGAAAAGGACGAUCUUGCAAAGAUGAGCGACUAUCAAGAUUCCAGCGACGACGAUGAAUUCGAUCAAAACUCCCCCGAAUUCAAACCCUCCUUCAUUCUAAUAGCCAUCGAUACCCAUCCCGUAAUGUUCGCAGAACUCACCGACGAACAAGGAAACAUUUCCACCCCAUUCCGAGAAGCCAUCAAAGCCUGCUACGCCUUAGCCGAUUUUCUAUUAACAAGCGAAUCCAGCAAAAGCUACAACCCCUUUUGCGUGGUAAUCAAAGGACUUUCAUCGGUUGUCGUACCGUUCGAAAAUAACAUACUCGAAACGGUCCAAUCCCUGCAGGAAAUCCUGAAUUUACCGAUCGACCAAUUGCAGGAGCGCUACGAGACGAAAGGGAGCACCAAACUGAGCGAGACGCUGUUGGUUUGCAGGAAAUCCUUUCAAAGCAAACGGGAUUAUUCCACGAGGAGAUUUCUGUUUAUCACGAACGAUGAUUGUCCGGUUACGGAGGGUCCGGAGAAAUUCGCCUGUUCCAACGAAAUCCGAGCGUGCCGUGGAAACGACAUAACCUUCCAGGUGGUACCGAUGGUGGAAUCGUUUCGAUUCGAAACGUUUUACAACGAAUUGUACGAGGCCGGGGAAAUGGGGACGGUCAAAGAGGAGAUAUGCUUGGAUAGCGAAGGUUUGAUGCAGAAAUUGUCCCGAUUGGUUUCGUUGAAGUUGUCGGAGAGGAAGGUGAAUUUCUAUCCGUUCAAAGGGGAUUACGAGAGGUUUUUCAUGUGCAAACGGAUGAGUUUGUUUAGAAAGGUCAAUUUUAAUCAGAAAUCGUACACGAAAAGCGGCCAGCAAGUGCUCUAUUUAGAAGUCGAAGGAGAAUCGCCCGAGUAUUAUUAUGUUAAACAUUCAGGAAGCAAUCUGCUGUUAGGUGAUUAUACGAAGGAACACUUCAAAGUCGACAAAAACUGUUUAUUAGAUAUGAGCUUUUCGAAAGGAUUAACUUUGAUGUUUGUGGCUGAUGUCCAAGCGGAAGGAGGCGUUACAGUAAAUAAACCGACGUUACUGAAAUCCGACGUGAAUUGCGGUAAAAAGGAGUUAUUUAAGAGAUUCUGGGAGUUUUGCGUGGAAAAAGAGAAAGUUUUGAUAUCUUUGAAUAAAAAUAAAGAAGUGGAUAAGUUGCGUUAUGUACAAAUGAUGCCGGUCUUGAUUAACGACGAACCGAUGUUUUUGGAAACCCGAUUGCCUUUUACCAACGAAUUCAUUCCCUGUCCAACGUUCGACUACCCAGAAGAAGAAGAUGAUGAUGAAAGUAAUAAACAUAGAAAAGAAAUCGUUAAGGAAUUUAUCGAUCGUUAUACCUGCGAUUUUUCCACAGACAUGCUAAUCGAUGUCGUUGUAGAAAACAAGAUAGCUCACGUAAAAGCUAAACUGUUGGAUACGAAACUGGAAAAAGUCGUUCUGCCCGAUUCCAGAGAAUCGGCGACCGGAAAACUGGAAGAUGUGAUUAAGGCGAUAAAUGAUCGAUUUACUCUAAACGAUAAAAGAAAACGAGUAACGGGUAACCAAUCGAAAGAUGGCCGAAAACAGAAGAAAGUUUCCUAAAAAAUAAUUAAAAUUUGC